AAUAUUUUUUUCCAGCGGGAAUGUAUCUCUGUCCACGUUGGUCAAGCGGGAGUCCAAAUUGGAAAUGCCUGCUGGGAACUUUACUGCUUGGAGCAUGGAAUUCAGCCUGACGGUCAAAUGCCGUCUGACAAAAUUUUGGGUGGAGGAGAUGACAGUUUUAACACCUUCUUCAGUGAAACUGGAGCUGGCAAACACGUCCCUAGAGCUGUUUUCGUUGAUUUGGAACCGACAGUAGUUGAUGAGGUUCGUACCGGAACAUAUCGCCAGUUGUUCCACCCGGAACAACUGAUCACAGGCAAAGAAGACGCAGCAAACAAUUAUGCCCGUGGUCACUACACAAUUGGAAAAGAAAUCGUUGAUUUGGUACUAGACCGCAUUCGUAAACUGGCGGACCAAUGUACUGGACUACAAGGAUUCUUGAUCUUCCAUUCCUUCGGUGGCGGCACUGGUUCUGGUUUCACAUCCCUUUUGAUGGAACGCCUUUCAGUUGAUUAUGGAAAGAAAUCAAAGUUGGAGUUCGCCAUUUACCCAGCUCCACAGGUCUCCACAGCAGUUGUCGAACCCUACAAUUCUAUUCUGACAACUCACACGACUUUGGAACACUCUGACUGUGCCUUCAUGGUAGACAACGAGGCUAUCUACGAUAUCUGCAGACGCAAUUUGGACAUUGAAAGACCCACAUACACGAAUCUGAACAGACUGAUUGGCCAAAUUGUGUCCUCUAUUACAGCCUCUCUUCGAUUCGAUGGUGCCCUCAAUGUCGAUCUUACUGAAUUCCAGACUAACUUGGUACCAUACCCACGAAUUCACUUCCCUCUGGUGACUUAUGCACCAGUUAUCUCCGCGGAGAAGGCUUAUCAUGAACAGCUCUCUGUCGCUGAGAUCACGAACGCCUGCUUCGAACCAGCCAAUCAAAUGGUUAAGUGCGACCCUCGUCAUGGAAAAUAUAUGGCCUGCUGCAUGUUAUACAGAGGAGACGUCGUGCCAAAGGACGUGAACGCCGCCAUAGCCACUAUCAAAACGAAGCGCACAAUCCAGUUUGUUGACUGGUGUCCAACUGGUUUCAAGGUUGGUAUUAACUACCAGCCACCAACUGUCGUGCCCGGCGGUGAUCUCGCCAAGGUUCAGAGAGCCGUCUGCAUGCUAUCCAAUACCACGGCCAUUGCUGAAGCCUGGGCUCGUCUUGACCACAAGUUCGACCUGAUGUACGCCAAGCGUGCCUUUGUCCACUGGUAUGUGGGUGAAGGUAUGGAAGAAGGAGAGUUCUCCGAAGCUCGUGAGGAUUUGGCAGCCCUGGAGAAGGAUUAUGAAGAGGUCGGCAUGGACUCUGUUGAGGGUGAAGGAGAGGGAGCCGAGGAAUAUUAGGACUUCUUAUUGUGUACCUAUAAUUUCAUUACCAAGAUGCAACAAACAAAUCUUUGUUUAAAGUCCUUCUUGGUCUUAUAUUUUUUGACGAGUUUUCAUAUAAGUCUGAUAAAAUUUCGAAUUAAAAGGAAUUCUUACUUUGUUUAAUCGAAAUUUUUCUAUACGAAUAAACCUAUCCUUUGGCGAGUAUUAAUAUUUUUCUUUGAAAUUUGUAUGCAACAUUCCCAAACAUAUCGCAAGACUGUGAGAAUGUUUGGAAAGUUCAAAAAAUACUUCAAGGCCGCACAGUGAAUUGAAAAAAAAUCAAAAUCUCGGAUGCAAAAAGGGGACAGCGGAAAAGUUUUUUGAUAUGAUCAUUUAAGAAAACUCAAUGCGAGAAAGUUAUUCCUUAGAAGUUAAAGAAGUUUUUUGGGGAAGUUGCAACUUUCUAGCCACCAUUGGUGGUUAUUUUAAAUGCAUGACUCGGCUUGAGGCCAUUCUCGCCUUUUUGCAUCCGAGAUUUUGGGAAUUUUUUUUGAGAAUGUUGAAUACAAACUUCAAAGAAAGAUAUUCAAACCCGCCAAAGAUUCGCAAACUGAAAAAA